GAGUUACUAAGCGAUAUGGUAAAUGACAACUUUAGGAACAUAUCUCUCAACUGGGGUUGAUGGAUGAUUUUUUAAUUUUUUUAUUUUUAUAAGCCAUAGAAGUGGAUGACGUAAUUAAUUAUUCUUUCGGUGAUCCAAUAAACCAGUGCGAAAUGGCGGACGCAAUUAUUAUUUAAGAAAAGGGUUUUUGUGAAUCUAUUUUUCUUGUAAAUGAUAAAUUGGUUCUUACAUCGAUGAAUUAGUUUGGAAACAAUUAAAUUCACUGUAGUUGUGAAGUUCCGGGCAUUCAGGGACAGUUAACAUGGGAUGAAAUAAAUCUACUUGCUUGAGGCUUUGUUGGUAUUUCUUAUUAAAAUUGAAUUUGAGUACUUUUCCAGUAUUCUGGUCUAUUAAUUUCGUUAUGGAAAUAGACGUAACGGAUGAAAUAAAUACUGAGAAGAUCGGGAUCUCUUCAAGUCAAGGAGAAAUAGAAAAUUCAACAAAAAUAACUGUCAACAACACAACCACAGGAUGUUAUAGUGGAAACAAAGAACAUGAAAAUAAUAAUUUAUUGAGUAGAAAAGGUUCCAAACAUGCAUUACGACAACAAGCUAAAAGAAGAAAGAAAAAUACUACUAUUGCAUCUGGUAAUGCUGCAUCUGUACCCAGGAUAAUUGUAAAACCACUUCCUCCCCAGUCUACAGAGGAAGUUUCUGUCAAUACAAUAAUGAAUCCAUCUGCACCUCAAGCUAAAACUAUGAGAGAAGUUCUUGCUUCUAUACCAGGUUUCAAUAUGAAACAACGAAAAAGAACUAAUAAAAAGCUAUCAACAGCAGCUCAGCUUGAACAAACCAAAGAAGGUCACAUAGAUUUAGAAACUCCAGAUUCUAUACUGGUGAAUACAAACCUUCGGCUCUUAUUAAAUAAGGCUACAUUUUCUGCAUUACCUAUGUUAUAUCAGCAUAAACUAAUCCAGUUAUUACCCAGUGUUGAUAGACAUAUGAUUUCUAGCUCUACAGAUCCGAACUCUCUUGAACUGAGUAACUCUGGUUUGAAUAAUGAAUUUUUUGCUAGAGCAUGCUUAGAAUGGCAGGACAGAUUGGCCGAAGGGGAAUUUACACCUGAAAACCAACAAAAAUUGAAACUGGAGGCAGAUAAAGAACGAAGUAAAUUAGAUCCUUGGAAACUCAAGCAUUUUGAACCAAUAUGGGGUGAUAGGGGUCAUUCUUGUGGGUCAGAAUCAUCAACUACUACAACCCAAAGUAGUGGAAGACCACCUCUCAAAACAACAAUUAAGCUGAGACACUCAACUGUAAAUAGUUCUAGAAGUAAAUCAACAAAUCCCCCUCCAAUAAAACGAUUAAGAACAGUUGGUGCAAUGACAAGAUCGUGUUUAAAAGAGAUGGAAAAUAGAACAGAACCUGCUACUCCCACAGAGACUGCAAAGUCGAAUAUACCUGGUUUAUUACCAAUUAAAUCUCUCAAAUCACAAACUGUAAAUGAAGACUCAACUAGUGUUGUAGAAACAUCGGAACUUUCCGAAAAGGAAGAGUUAAAAAAUAGUGAUAGUAUAAGUAUAGAAAAAGACAAUUGUAUAAUUAAUAUUAGUGAUACUAUAUUACAAAAUAAUGAAGAAACAAUCAUUAUAUGUAGAACAAAUGAAGAGAGAAAACGCAGAAGAUCAGUCAGUUCAGAGGGUGAAGAAGGAAUGCAUAAGCGAUUAACACCUAGUCCACUUCACGUAGAUAUAGUAGAAAAUGCUGUAUAUACAGAAGAUAAUAUGUGCAAUGAUAACAUGGAUGACAGCAUGGAUGGCCAAGAUAAUAAGUUAUCUGAAAAUUCUGAUCCUAUUUCUGAUCCCAUUGAAUUAGAUGAAUUGGAUGAAAACAAAACCAUUACUGAAUAUGAAGAUAGCAAUAGCAAUAGUUCCAAUGCUCAGGAUGAAAUAUAUCAUUCUUCUACCCAAAACACUGAGAUGGAACCACAAAACGAGAAUGAAACUGUUGAUUUGUCUGAAUUGAAUUGUGAUAUGAAAGAUGAUAAUUGUUAUACAGAUGAUUCUACCACUACAGAUGGUAAAACGGAGGAAGAAAUAGAGAACAGCCCUUUCGGAGACAUCUCCGAUGCAAUUACUCCAAAUGAAUCUCAGAAUGAUUGUUCAGAACCUGUUGAUCCUUUGCUCCUAACAAAAGCAGAUGAAAGCUGUGAAAAACCAGAUGAUAUAGAUGGAGGUUCUUCGCAAGAUAUUCCUGAUAAUUUUCAGAUACUACCCAAUACCCUUAUUCUUCAACAAGAAUCCAUCGUUCUAGAAAAAGGAUCAUGUUCAGAAAUUUGUGAGUCAGUGAAUUGUAUGGAAGAGUCUGCUGAGAAGUUGGAAGCCAGUGUAGAAGAAUCAGACCUUGUUAUAGCCCAGCUCACUCAAACUACUUACAAUGCUUCAACGAAUAUCGCAGAUGAAGAUGCAAAUGAAGACCGAUUUAUAGAUGCAGAAAAUUAUGUGUUGGAAUCAGGCCAGAUAACAGUCACUGAAAAAACCGAUAAAGCUGAAACAGAAGUUGAUAUACAGGCUACACUUUUUGGGAACAAUAUUAUUGCAGAUACCAGAGAUUGUUGUUGGGGUCUCGUUGAUUCAAGCAGUGAAAAAUUGUUGGAAGUACCUCUCCAAGCCUUAGACACUGUAAAUCAAGUUGUGCCAUCUAGUAUUAUUCCUCAGGAGGCUGUUGAAGUAACAGAAAAUGUGGAAGUUAUUCCUAUGAAAGAAGAAUUGGAAGUGAGAUUAGAACAAGGAAAUUUCCCUGUUCCAAGUGACUGGCAUUAUGAUGUCAAAAUGGAUUCUGAAACUGUAGCUGCUGCCCUUGAAAUGGCAGACCCUGCAGAUGCAACUCAAGAGAAACAGAAAAGGCCACAUGGUUUUCCAGAAUAUUCAGGCAAUAGGAACCAGGUUAAACUGGAGUUGGAAGUAACUUUAACUCCAGAAAUCGUGAGUUCAGACAACUUGAUCACAAGUACAGUGAAUAAUAGUUCCAGUGGCGUGAAUUCCACAAUAACUUCAGCAGUUAAUAAAACUGUAACAACAGUUAUACCUCCAACUACUGUUAUUCCACCAACAACGAUUGUCUGCUUGCCGUCUGUGGUGAGUUCGGCACCAGGUUUGAAUUCUGCUGUGAACGAGGUUACGCAAAGUUCUACUUUACCAAGACCCGGUAUGGUGCAGAGCUCCAGUGCUUUACCUUUCUUAGCCCUUAGUUCAUCCCAACCUAUACGAGCGGUGCCAACUCACAGUAAGGCAAAACCGAAAAUAUCAUCUGGAGGAAACCGUAACAGAAGUAAUAACAAACCUCCCCCAGGAGCAGUUAAUCUUGAGAGGAGCUAUCAGAUAUGUCAGGCAGUAAUACAGAACAGUCCGAAUCGGGAUCAAUUAAGGUGUCAGUUGAAACCACCACCGUCACUUCUUGCCGCAGCCGCCACUAACAAUGCGAAAAAGGUCGAAAGCAAUAAGCAAACGCAAUACAGUUCUGUCACUUCAUCGAGGGCCAAUAAGACAUUCACUCCACCCCUUGGGUCUUCAGGGAAUUAUCAAAUCGUUCCAGGAAGUAAUGGAGUGUCUACCAUCGGGCAGAAAUCCAGGGUCAUGCCUUUUCAGCAGAGGCAACCUAGCCCACCAGUUGUGGUUCGUCAUGUAUUCACCUCGGGACAAAGGAUCCCUGUCACCAUGGCUGUUCUACCUCAAACUUCCAAUCUGAGUCCUGAAGUGGUUGAUGCUCAAAACCAUAUGGGUAAUGUUGGUCAAUAUAUCCUUGUUCAAAGGGCCAGUUUAAACGAUCCACACAUACCCCGUUCCUCAAGCGCACCUCCAUCUCACCCCCAAAUCGGAAAUACAAUAAAUACAUCGAAUAGUAUACAGCAAAUCGUUUCAAUGACUUCGAGGGGGCGACCUGGUAGUGUCGAUACGGAACAUUCUCUCCAAGUGCAGCCGUCUAAUGAUUGCAUUGUACAGAGUCCCAACCCAGGAACACAGGCGGUGACCAGAAGACAUAGGGUGCCUCCGGGUAUGGUUUACGGGGAUGUGAGCCUGGAUAAUCCCCUUCAUAACUACACAGUCAUAGGAGACAACGUUUUGGCUGAUCAUCCAGCGGCCGCUAUGCAGUCGCAGAUGAUCAUGCAGAAGUCGAGGCCCAACGAUAGUUCUUGUGGGUGCAGUCUCAAAGCUAUGGUGGUGUGUAAAAAAUGCGGGGCGUUUUGCCACGACGAUUGUAUAGGACCUAACAAGCUAUGCCGUACUUGCUUUAUUCGGUAGGUAGGUAUAUACUGAGCAUGUCACAUUUUGUACUGCAAUUUUAUUUGUUGGUGGUAUUGUGGGGGCAUUAAAGAAAUGAAUUUUCUUUGACGAAACACUUUGUUUCUUUUCGGGACAGUGGAGGUAAUCAACAAAGAAUGUUGAAGAUACUGUCGUGUAAGUGCUGUAUUAUAUAAAUUUGUAAAUAGCUCUUUCUAAAAAACAAGGCGAAUCAAAUGGCAGCUUAUUUAUACUGAAUGAACAUAUUGUAUAGCUUCGAUGAAUAAUUCGCAUCCAUGGAGUUUGAAAAAUUUUAUUUGUUGGUUAAAAAUUAAUUGAACUUAAACUGGAGUUCUCUGCUGGAUCUUUUUUUUCAGAUUUAACUUUCCCUUUGAUUCAUAUUCAAAAUAGCUGAUCUGGGGGUGUUUUGAAUAAUAUCAAUUUGAUAAAAUUCUAAACACAAAUGUUGAAAUACUUUUUUUUUUUCACUUCCAUUUAUCUGUGGUAAGUUGUGAAAGCUGCAUGCAAACAUCUGGAAGCAAUAUUUACAGACUACUGAGUCCAUAAAUUCAUGAAUUUUUGAAUGAUUGAUGUAAGAGGAGAUGAGUUUUCAUGAGCCAGUAUAGUUGAAAAUAUUUUUCUAUAUUUGAGGUUGAAGGUGGAUUCCGUUUUGGUGUGUUGUAAGAAAGUGAUACUAUUACCAACAAAUAAAAUUCUACUACCAAAAUCACUGUGUUAUUAUUUAGAAGAAACAAAGAAGACUUGUUGAAAGUGAUCACUUAAGGGAUUAGUUUUUACAUUUAUUUGUAGUAUACAUACAAUACUCUCUAGUACUCUAGAUGUUAGCACAAGAAUUAUUUAUUUAUUUUCUUAACUUUUUUCCAUUACAUAUCAUAUUUGUUUAUGAAAUAUCAUUCUACUUUCAUGGGAGUUAUUGAAAUCUCUGAGUAAUAAAAAUAUGGAAAACGCAGCUUUUUCCGAAAAUAAUUAUGAAAGAAAGGCAUGAAGACUAGGUAUAUACUUAUUUUACUUUCUUGAAUGUAGAAUUUUUUUCUGUGAUAUUAUUUUGACCUAGUGAUUAGAAAUCCAAAUUUGGACAGUUAACGAACACAGCAAAAGAAGUUUAUGAAAUUGCUACAAUUUCUCUGCUUUCAAAAAAUCAUUAGAACUGUAACCUUUCUAUUUAUCUCUAUACUAUAUUUUUAUCCCGUUUUAACCAAUGUUAUGUGUUAUAUAUAUUUUUUAAGUUUUCUUAAUAUUUAAUGUGAAGUGCCAAAUAUUUUGAUUGAGGCUUUUGGAAAAAAUAAUUUGGAAGAAAUGAAAUUUAUCUACCUAGAAUUUCAAAUGGAAAAGUAAAAUGUUGUUUCAUGAAAAUAUAAUUUGGCAUAUUUAUUAUUUUCGAAAGUCUUCCAAAUAUUCAAUGAAAUUAAACUUCAGCAGAAGAUCAUAAUCUUCUUGCACCUAAAAUUUUCAAUAAAUACUACCUCAGAUGUUUUGAUGUAAUAUUUUGUCAAAUUUUUGGUAUACUCGGUGCAAUAAUUCUUGAACUUUUGUAAUGACAGGAUUCCUGAAAAAUGUACGUUAUUAAGGAAUACACCUAGGGUUUUCCACAAUUUGCUUAAAAUGCUUUUCUUAGGUAUUUUUAGGUCUUUAGAGUAAAAUGUGUAUAAUGAUUAUUUUCGUAAAUCUUAUAUAGUUUAAGAUCUAAUUUUAUGUACAGUAUCUUUUUACUUGUCACAAACACAAUGGUUUCAAAUGAAUGUAUAUACAUAUACUGUCCUUUCCUGCUGAUUUCAAAUACAUUACAUUGUUUAA